UAUUACAAUCUGUGGAUUUUGGUCACUUAAUUAAUUAGACCAGCCAUUUCGUACGUAGCGUUUCGAGAAGUCAAUUGUAUCGGCAAAUUCUUAAAACAUGGCUGACUUGAGCACGCAGGGCCGCAAGGAAAAACAGCCCGCAGUUAGCAUUUUCGAUAACAGGCAGAUAUUUCCCGAAUUCCGCUGCGGACCUUUGGACCAGUACCGCCAACGGGCAAGUUUCUGCUACAAGCGCAUGAACGUGCUGCUCGAGGGCGAGGAUUACAUCCGUAUGAAGCACAAGGUGUGGCAGUGGAUGGAACAGCACCCCGACUUCCAGAGGGAGCCAGAAGUGUCCAGCCUGGAGCGAAUCCGCGAGUUGGCAAACAAACGCCAACAUCUUUGGCAGCAACAGUUCUAUGGCGCGAACGAGUACCUGGUUACGCCGCACCUUCUGCUAGCUUUUGGUCAGGCCAUUUUUAGUUACGACUUUAGCACUUCAGUUAAGUUCGGCCUGUCAUCGGGCAUGUUCCCUACCACCUUGAUAUCCAACGGAUCUGCCCGCCUAGGCAAAUAUGUCACCAAGAUAGCGGACAACCGCAUUCUAGGAGCCUUCGCCCUGACUGAAAUCUCUCACGGAACCAACGUACUUGGCAUGCGCACACGGGCAACAUAUGAUCCUAAAAGGCAGGAGUUUAUUAUCCAUACGCCAGACUUUGAGGCCGCAAAGUGUUGGGUUGGCAACCUUGGCAAAACCUGCACGCAUGCUAUCGUUUACGCCCAGCUAUACGUUCCUGAUGACGAGCACCAGGGUCUGGAGGCGUUCCUUGUUCCCAUCCGAGACGAUCGUACUCUGCUUCCCUUUCCCGGCGUAACAGUAGGCGAUAUGGGCGAAAAGAUCGGCCUUAACGGCAUCGACAAUGGCUUUGUGAUGUUUAACCAGUAUCGUAUUCCUAAGGCAAACCUCCUGACUAAAACCGGUGAUAUCGAUAAGCUAGGCAACUACACCAGCCAAAUUAAGGACGAUCGUAAGCGUCUCGGAGCCUCUUUGGGCGCCCUAUCCGUGGGACGCGUUAAUAUUACAGCUAUUGCAUACGUGGCUCUGAGCAAGGCGGUGACUAUCGCCAUUCGCUAUGCGGCUAGUAGGAGGCAGUUUGGGCCGACGAACAACUUGGUGGAAUGGCCAGUUAUCGAGUAUCAAUCACAACAAUAUCGGCUUAUACCGCAUUUGGCCACCACUAUUGCAUUGCGAGUUGCCACGCUUUGGUUAGGCAAAGAGAUCGUAAAUCUGACCAUAAAGGGUUUCAGCGGAGAGGACACAUCGCGGGAAGGCACGGAAAUCCACGCAAUAUCUUCAGCUCUCAAGCCUGUCGCAACCUGGGCGGCAAGAGAUGGCAUCCAGGAGUGUCGCGAGGCCUGUGGCGGUCAUGGCUACUUAAAGUCUUCUGGCUUGGGCGAUCUGAGAAACGACAACGAUGCUAACUGUACAUAUGAGGGUGAAAACAACACUCUUAUUCAACAAGCAUCCAACUGGUUGAUCAGUCUACGUUGCAAAAAUGCUGACUUUGUAGCCGUAUCUCCGCUAGAGACAGUUUCGUUUCUAAAGGAUAUGGAUGAGCUUUUGCAAAGCAAAAGCCAGGAGGGUACGCCUGCCGAAGCUAUGGAUGUUCGCAAUCUUCUAAAAGCGCUUAACUGGCUUACUGCCUGGCAGCUGGAGACGACUGUUAAACGGGUCGAAGAACAGCAGCGUGAUGGAAAGAAUGCGUUUGAAACGCGAAACAAUAUUCAGGUUUUUUAUGCCCAAAAGCUUUCUAUAAUAUACGGCGAGCGCACAAUUUACCAUGUUUUUUACAAGUUUGUAAGCUGCUUACAUGAUUCUGUCGAAAAAAAGGUGCUUGAGCAGUUGCUAUCAUUUUACGGAGCUCAUCUAAUCACCAAGUACGCCUCUGUUUUUUAUCGAGGUGGCUACUUUCGCGAAAACUCACACGAACUGAAAUUAUACGAGAAGGGCAUUCUUGGCCUGCUUUCCGACCUUAAGGAUGAAGCCAUUGCUCUGGUGGAUGCCAUUGCACCCACAGAUUUUAUUUUGAACUCUCCCUUGGGCGUGAGUGAUGGAAAUGUCUACCAGCAUCUUCAGCGCGCAAUUGUUUCCGCUCCGGGUGUCUUCGAGCGACCUCAUUGGUGGCGUGACGUGACUUACAAGGAUUACCUAAAGGGAUCAAAUUUGUAGGUUAAUUAAAUUAUGAUGUACAUUACAUAUCGAUCAUCGCUUUUAAAAAUAAUUAUAUUUCAAUGAAACUAUUAUUAAAGAAUAAGUGUGUUGA